GGCGGGAAGCAGUGCACGCAUCCUGGGUGCACUAACAAGGCUCAAUCCAGGGACAAAUGCCGGACUCACACCAAAGGAGGCAGGUGUUCGUUUUCUGGAUGCGACAAGCAGGCGCAGUUCAAGGGCUUGUGUGCUGGCCAUGGCGGUAGGAGAGUCUGCUCGCAUCCAGGCUGUGAGAAGAAGGUGGUAUCGAGGGGAAAGUGCGGAGAUCAU